AACGCGUGCUAUAAAUUCGCCUGGAUAAUCGGUUCUGUUCCGUGGAGUUGAUAUGUGACAGCGUGACUCCUUGUGACUACUGCUUUGCCUUACCAAAUGGACUCGAUCGAAAGACCGUACGUGUGUUGCUCAUGCGAGCAUGGUAUACAUCGCCUCCUGGCAAGAGUAUCAGGAAGCAGCUGAAAAUCUAUACGCAAAGUCUCCCAACAAGGCUCGAUACUGCGUGAAGUGGAGAUCAUCAGAGGGCAAGCUCGUCUUGAAAAUUACAGAUGACACGACAUGCAUCAAGUUCAAAACUUACUCCUCAAUCUUCCUCAAUCGAUUUGAAGCUUUGAAUCUAUCGCUAAUGCAGAAAAUGCAGAAUAAACGCCCUACACCGAUCGCACACGCCCUGGGCAUACCUGAUAUCACUAAAGAUGCAGACCCGACGCGUUCGUCAUCUCCAUUCGUCCCACAACCUGCGGGUCCUGCAACCGGAGGUGUUAAGAAGAAAAAGCCAAAGAAGAAAAAGUAAUAGUAACGUUGCUAUGCCUCGACUUGUGGUAACUAUUAUUAACGAGAGAUGCACGGGAGGACACCUCUGUUCCGCGGCUUUGUCCCAGCCUCCCCUUCCGGGGUGGAGUGAUCGCCCAGAGAGUUACUACCAGAGCUGAAUCCAACAUCUGUAGAUCUCAUAUGUCAAUAUGCUGUUGAACAAUCACAAUCGACUGGAUGGCGAAAGGUCCCAGUGCUGGAUCGGUCGUGAAUCAUUGAUGACUGCUACAUUGUCCUAAUACAAGAGGUCGGUCAUCUAUGUGGAAACAAUGGAGAUAGAGGUACAAGUCUAGUCGCAAUUUAGCGAUGUACAGCACAGACUUUCUCAGCGACAAGUCAUGGAAUUUGAACAGGUCCACGGUGCCCUGGAG